AUGGAGCGCGCGGCCAGCUCCAGCUCCACUUUCGUUUCCGAGCCUCUCGACGCGCACGCCUCGUCCUCCUCUUCCUCUUCCUCUGCUGCUGCUGCUGGCAAGAUGCAGAACGAGGACUUCGCCCAGUUCACGAGCUUCAUGGACGCGCUGCUGCGCGCCAUCGAGGCCACGCACGAGGACGCGCUCAUCCGCGACCAGUUCGCCGAGCCGCUCACGCGCGAGAUCGCGCCGCAGCUCGCGCCGCGCCUCAAGAAGUGGGAGCAGCAGCAGCCCCACCCGGAGCACUACGUCGCGCUGCGCGGCCGCUACCUGGACGAGGCGCUCGAGCAGCGGCACCCGAGCAUCCGCCAGGUGGUGCUGUUGGGCGCCGGGCUGGACACGCGCGUGUUCCGCCUCGAGACGCUGCGCGGCUGCCACGUGCUGGAGAUCGACCAGAGCGCCGAGCUCUUCGAGCACAAGCGCGCGGUGCUCAAGGACCUCGAGCCGGCGCUGCUGGCCGAGCGCCACGACUGCAUCGUGGCCGACCUCAACGCCUUCAACUGGGAGGAGAGCCUGCUCUCCAGCGGCUUCGACCCGGACGUGCCCACCUUCUGGGCGCUCGAGGGCAUCAUGAUGUACCUCACGCGCGCGAGCAACCUGGCGCUGCUCAAGACCAUCGACAUCCUGUCGGCCCCGGGCAGCGAAGUGUGGGGCGACGUGACGGGCACUGCGUUCCUGCAGGAGGGCGAGAUCGCGUUCUUCAAGGACGUGAGCCAGCUGUCCAUGGCCGAGCUGGGCCAGCCGCUGUUCAAGCACGGCGAGGAGGACGUGCGCGAGGGCGUGUUCAGCGAGCUGCCCUGGGAGAUGGAGGUGCAGGCGGCGCUGGCCGAGCCCGGCACGCACUUCGGCCGCGAGUGGACCCCGACGCUCACCCGAACCGAGCAGACACCUGUGACGUAUCACUACGUGCUAGCCAAGAAGCCCCUGGCAGACGUGCCGUAG